UAACAAGCCCUCGGCCCUUUAAAGCUCAUAUGAGUGGUGGAGUUUACAGGACGGGUGCAGUGCAGGACCAGUGCAGCAGCAGCCACAGCAACAGCAGCAGCAGCAGCAGCCCAGGGCAGUCUGCAGAGGGUUUCGCAGGAUGGCUGAGAGCACAGACAUGGAGCAGCUUCUGACCUCCUUCAAGAAGUUUGCCAUCCACGGAGACACCAAAGCCACCGGCAAGGAGCUGAACGGCAAAAACUGGGCCAAGCUCUGCAAAGACUGCAAGGUCAUUGAUGGCAAGGGUGUCACCAAUGUGGAUGUAGACAUCGUCUUCUCAAAAGUCAAAGCAAAGACGUCAAGAGUCAUCACUUACGAAGAGUUCCAGAAGGCUCUAGAAGAGUUGGCACCCAAGCGGUUCAAAGGAAAAAGCAAAGAAGAGGCUCUGAAGGCCAUGUACCAGCUGAUAGAAGGGAAGGAGCCCACUAAUGCUGGAGUUACGAAAGUGGCCAAAACUGGAGCGGUUGACAGACUGACAGACACCACCAAGUACACAGGCUCUCAUAAGGAGCGUUUCGACGACACCGGUAAAGGCAAAGGCAAGGCCGGCCGGGAGGAGUUGGUGGAGAACACAGGUUACGUUGGUGCCUACAAGGAAGCUGGCACCUACGACGACAAGACCAAGGACAAGUAGGCCUGACGAUCAGCCAAUCGAUCGAGGCAGAGAUCACAGGAAGGAAGAAAGCAGAAGAAAAGAUCGGAACUCAUUCUUCAGCAUUUAGGUCUGGACCAAAACAGCCGAACUUUGACCCCGUAAGAUGUCCGCCAAGCUGACCAAUGGGGAUAUGAUCCCCUGACCAACUGGGAUGUGGUGAUUGUCAAAUCUUUGAAUCUUGAAGAUGUUCUACAGCUGCAAAAUGUUGUCUAACUAGGAAGUAUUGUACCAGUACUCUAAAAGGGUGGGAAAGCACAACGAAGCCUAGAGUUCAACAGGAGAAUAAGUUGAAAUUGGGUGAUUCCACUUAAAAUCUCAACCAAAUUGAUUUAAAAUGUAUCCAUAUUUUGCAGCUUGAAAUGUGCGCACUGUGUCAAUGAGUGAAAAAUAUGCCCCCUAAAUACUGUAUGUCUGUGCAGCAAAGGUUCACCAGGAAUGCAAUUAAGAAACAAACAAAUAAUGUGACCCAUGGCAGAUUUUUUUUGUCUGAAAAGCAAGACACUAUAUGCUAUUCACUUUAUGAAUGCGGCAAAUACGAUCAAUUCUCCACAAACCAGAGAAGCACGAUGACUGCACUUCAGUCUUACAGCUUUGUGUCUACUUUCAAACUUGCUUUUUAUUCCUCGGAUAUAAUAGCUAACACAGCAUGUUUUCCCUCAGAAAAUUUGUGUAUGCUCCAUGUGUUAUAAAUUUGACUUCUGUUUUUUUUCCUGACAUUUACUUGUGCUCUGGAGAAGUUGUAACUGGAAAAAAAAUGCAUGUAUCAAAAAGUUUUUUUUUUUUUUUUCACUUUUGUUGUGUGUUAAUAAUUCUGGCCAGGUUUACAGUCCAUGUUGUAUGACAGAUAAUAAAGUUGGUUGUUGCAUAUAAAA